AUGCGGCGAUGUAGCCGCAGCCCGGCUGUCGCGGGGGGUGGGGGUGGGGAGGGCGGCGGCGAAGCGUUCUACGCGUUUCGUGCCGCUCACACUCUGCAGAGCAACUGCAUCGUGGCCUCGGGCAAUGCACAGGAGUACCAUACCGAGCAACAAAUCCGCCUCCUGGACUGUCAUACGCACCUGCAACUCUGCACCUCUUCUCGACUCUUCCUCUUCUCCUCGGUGCUGCCGCUGUGCUCAGCAGACGACUCAUCUCUGCCGCUUCUCUACCGUGCAUCGAUGUCGCUGACGGACAUCGAGGAGGCCGAGACAGUGGAGCUGCUCUCCGAGGACAGCUGCUCAACUAUGUCCGCCUCUUCUGAGGAUGUCGGGGCCACCACGGUCGAUACGUCCCUGCCGCUGACCGCUAACGCAACUGAGGAACAGCUGCGUCGCCGCAUGCUGCACGAGUGUGCCUGUAUUCCAGAGCUUAGGCCACAGCCCGCGUGGCUCGAGGAGAGCGGCGCCGCAGGCGACGGACCGUCCGCAUCAACGACGGAGAUGAACUGGGAUGUCGCGCACGCUGACCAUCUCGUUGUUGCUGUGCGGUGGCGGGUGGCGCCCACGUCACCCGGCACAGGGUGCCCCUCACUUCACACAACCCCGUGGGUGCCGUAUGCGGUGCCCCUCGCAAAGGUCAUCGCUUCCCGGACAAUGGCCGCGACGGACACAGCGAGCACCGUCACGAGCACUACCAGCAGCAGCGGCGGUGGCAGCAGCGCGACAGUGCAGCCCCUCGGCUCCGUGCAGCUGCCCCUAGGACGCUCGAUGUUCCUCCUCGCUGCACAGCGUUCCUCUCUCGUUCCACGCGCGUGGGACAGCGGCGUUGCAGCAGAGAGCCUUGUCAACGUGGCUGCCUCCAUCUCACGCGCGCAGUGUACACUGCACCUCCACUACGCGGCAGCGAAGACACCGCAGGCGCCAUCCUCGCUGCGAACCCGUCCCGUGUGUCGCUCCUUCGAUGUGUUUGCGAUCUCCCCAACCACGGCGCUCCUCGGCAUCGCCUUGCAGCCACACCAGCGCUACCACAUCAAACGGAAGCGGGGUACCGGCAAGUCCGCCCACGCCUCGGAGGACCAACCAUGCGAUGCGAACGGCGUCCUCACCUUGCGAGUGGGACCAUACUGCCACGUGGAUGUGGCGUUGGACGAGUUGCCUUCCGAGCCUCGUGUCAGCGGCAGUGCCGGCACGUGCCCCUCCAUCACUAUCAACACAUACAAUGGUCGUCAUGCGCACACCACGCGGAGUGGUCAGACGCAAGACAGCCCGGCAGUGCACCGCACGUCGGCAUGUCGGAGUGGCGUUGCACGCGAACCACCCGCGGCGGCGAUGCAGCUGCAGCACGGCUCGACAGCAUCCCUCAUCACCGGCGACAGCACCGCUGUCUUGGCGACGCUGUCUGAGAUGUCGGACCACGUCGCGCUGAGCGAGACCAGUGGGCAUGAGCACGACGGCCCUGUCGUCGCCGGGAGCCAGGAGGUGGCCGCCGCGCCGUCGCACACGUCCAUCACAGGGUCUCUGAAGCGGCGGCGGCCAGCUGCAGCUCGAGGGCGCGCUGCAGAAGCGGUGGUCCGGCGAGUCGGCAACGCGGAAGCUGCGGAGGGGGGCGAUGUUGACGAGGCAGACGCCGCCGUGUCGCACUCCGUCACCACGACGCCCAGUGAGAUUGUUCUCUUCACGACAGGGAUGCGGCUCAGCGACGCGGAGGAGAAGACGCUGAAGGAGCUCGGUGCCCUCGUGAACCCGCAUUUGCGUUUGGCACGCUACGCCCGCGUCCUUGCAGCGCAGCGGCCGCUCGUGCGCAGUGUGAAGCUGCUCACCGUUCUGCCCUACGUCCAAGAUGUGGUGCAUCAGAGCUGGCUCGACGCGGUCCUGCGCACCCGCAGCCUCGACCUCCCGCUGGAGGGAUUCGCCUACAAGGAGCGGAAACUUGCCGGCAGCAUCGAGAGCGAGAACAGCUUCGACCUGCGUGAAACGAUGCGCAAGGCCCCGACAGAGCGCCAGCGGCUCUUCGCGCAGCAGCACUUCUGGGUGCACAAGUCCGCGACCCCGCAGGAGCCGCCGAUGAACGAUCUGAAGACGGUGGUGGCGGCCUCGGGCGGCAUCAUCACGCGGUGCGUUCUCGACGCAGACGUCCUCGUUCUGCCCAAGCACAAGCCCACCCUGUCGUGUUGGCGUGGUAUCGCGCAGCAGCUCGGCGGAACCGGCAGGGCGUCGACCUCGUCCGCGUCCGCGUCAACGACUCCGACGCUCGCACAGCGCAAGCAAGCCGGCGUCUUGUUUGUGGUGCCAGACGACAUCUUCAAGUGUGUGCUGCAGCAGCGCCGUCUCUCCGCCUCCUCCGUCACUCUUCCAUGGCAGCUCCUGACGGAGGCCGCCGCCGCUAGAGGCACAACCGGCGCAGCCAGAGUUGGCCGACGCCCCUCUCAGCCAACACGGAAGACGCCGCGCGCGUCCACGACGCAGCGGUCUCCACGUCGUAAAUCGUGCAAGCGCUCGCAGUAG